CGGCCGCCGAUCGCAGAUAUGUAGCCGUGUCAAACCGUCCCGCCGCGAAGGUACUCGCGAUCACCGUGCCCGUCGCCGUCUCCCUGAUCUGAGCUCAGAUCCGUCCGAUAUCGUCUCGCCGUCGUACGCGCUCAAUAUAAUAAUAAUAUUAUAAUAUAAAAUAAUAUCAUUGAUUAUAAUAAUAUAGUGUACGUACUAUAAUAUAAUUAACUGAUAAAAUAUCGUAUUAUUAUUAUUCUGCGUCAUUACGCGUGUGCAUGGCACCGGAUUUGUCGUCGGGCCGCCCGCCACCCCCCUGGAGGAAAAAAUUCAAGAACGCGAUAAUAUUUCCGGUAUUUCGCUGUGGCCAACCCCCCGCCAGCGCCUGGAGCAGUCCGUGACCGCGGUGUCUAUACCUCGUACCACGACCCUUCAGCGCCCAUUGCAGUUGUACCUACGUGUCGUUUUCAGCUGCCGUCAUCGGACAAAAAAAAAAAAAAGGUAUAAUAUAGGUAGGCAGCGCGAGUAUAUUUUUUUUCCACCCUCUUUUCGUUUUCGGCAGUUUUCAUUCAACAUGAACACCGGGCCGAGUUAUAUUACCUUUACGUGUACAUUUUGUAUAUAGUAUACACGUAUAAUAUUGUAGUUAUGAAUAUUUCCAUCAAACCGUAUAUAAUAGUGUUAUUCUUUUGCCAAGAAAGGAGAUAUUGAAUUUGAAAAAUGUAUCAUAUUUGUGUAACGUGUACCCAGGUUUUUAAAAAAAGGAUCAGUUUUUUAUUUAUAUAUAUAUUAUGUAUACUUUUGUAAGUAAUGUACAAUUCUAGGUAGAUAAGAACUUAUUAUUAAAUAAUUGAUUUACUUUUUAUAAGUGCUAAUCUAAUCUCCUUCAUAUUUUAGUGAUUUGAAUAUAGGUUUCGUUUUAAGAAAAUAUAUACAUUCAGGUUUUUUUUUUUUUGAUAAAUUAACAUUAUUGACUAUAUAGGUAGAAACCGACACGUCAAAUUUUUGAUUUUUCUGAUUAAAAAGUAAAGAAAUUAGAAUUUAAAAAUAGUUAGUAGUGUAAAUAAUAGAUUCGAGGGGUAGGGGAAAUAUAUCUUGCUAAUCUCCACCCGUAAAUACGCCACUGAGUAUUAUAGUUUCCGGUGGCGUAUUCAGGAUUUUGCCAAAAAGAGUGGUACUUGGAAAUUGUUAUUUAUAAAUUAUUAUUAUUGUACAACAUGUGACCAAGCUAAAAAAAAAAUUGUAAAUUUUACAUGAAAAUGUGUCUGAUAAUACUAUUAUUGCAAUCAAAUACAUAUAUAGGGCAUAGGUGCACCUAGAUAAGUAAUUAUUAUUAAUUAAUUUACUAUUUAUAUAUUAAUCCGUAACCUCCUUCAUAUAUUAUAAGUUAUAACAAUAGCGGUUAAGAUUUAAAAAAAAACAAGUUCGUUCAGGUUUUUUUCUGAUGGAUCAACUACGUAGAUAACAAACCAUCCAUGAGUUAUUAAUUUUUCAGACUAAAUAGUAAAGAAAUUUAAACUUUGAAUUAGGUAUCUAGUUAUCUAUUUUUUAGCCAUAAUAUAAAUUUCACAAUAAUAGAUCCUAAUAAAAGGUCAAGGGAAGUGAUGUAUCUCCUUAACCUCCCUCCGUAAAUACGCCAUUUGUAUAGUUAAUACAUAAUAUUGGUUAUGCAUAUUAAUGAUGUUCUCGAUGAUCAACCUCACCAAGUAAAUAGCGAAGUGCACUAUUUCAACGCUACUCAAAAUGAUAUUUCACUUUUCUUUCCUACCCAAACUUUAAAGUGGAAUAUCUCGUCAACGGAUUGACGGAAAUUAAAAAUUUUAAAACCAAAAUGUAUUAAAACUAACCUUCAUCUAUUUAUGUAAAAAUCAAAAGUGAGUAGUUGUAUCACAAUCAAAAAUAAAGGUAUAAAAAAAAGAACAACAAUGUAACAUUGUAGAAUGUACGAGAAAGUUUUUACGUACAUAGGUCAUUUUUUGAAAAAAAAUAAGUGUAUUAUGGAAAAUUGUACUCUAACAUAAGAUAUGCAAGAUAAUAAUAAAUAAGGAAUAAUACAUUUAUAUAUUAUAAAUAUUUUUAUUUUAGAUUCCUAGCAAAGGGAUUAUUCCACAUGUUUUGUUCUUUUUUUGAUUUAAUUUCUUACGGUAUUAUCGCCAAAACUUUUAACCCCUUUUUGAGCUUUUAGUGAAUUUUAAUUUUUGGGAGUUUUUUGCUGUAAUUCGGUUAUAAAUACACGGAGAGACUUGAAACUUAGUAAUCAUACUUUUAGUGGACUUACCUAGACGUGGUAAAAUUUCCAAAAUCAUCGGACUUUUUUUUUUUUAAUAAGCGUUUUGAAAUCAAAUUUAAACGAAAAAAGCAAAAAAAAAUAAAAAUAAAUAUGGCACUUUAAAUUAUAUAUUACCGAACUGCGCUCGGAAUCGUCUUUCAUCAAACAAUGGUUUAUCGUUGUUUACAGAUAUAAAUGAAAUAACCUUGUGUAUCUCACCCUCUUAACUUUUCACCUACAACAAUGGCCGCUCUCUAUCAGUUAUUUGUAUUUAUUUAUUCAUAAACCAUCGUUCGUCGAUAUAUGCGUUAAUCGUUAGUUUUCAGUACCUAGUAAUAGUUUAUAGAUUAUAUUACGUAAAUGUAUCGUGAUUUUUACUUAUUUUACUUGAUUUUAGCAUUUAUUCAAAAUUGAAUUUGUCCUCUUUUUAAAUAAAAAAAAUUAGGGCGAAAUAAGUUGAAAAUCACGAUACAUUUGCGCGAUAGAACCUACAAAACAUUACUAUUAUCAAUACUAUCGCCAAUUAGAAAAACUAAUAAAUUUGUAAAAAAAAAAUGUUGGUAUGAGACUAAAUUUUAUUAUAAAUAUAUAUAAUUUAAAUUUUACAUAAUUUUUACAUACAUGUUGAAUACGAAUACCUAUUGUAUAUGUAUAAAAUUUUCGUUACUACAAUGUUAUAAAAUUAUGCGUAGGUAAUAUAAACAUUUACAAUAUUUGAUUUAAAUAAAUAUUGAUUUCACGAUAGCAGAACAAUAAAAAUGAUUUAUAAUCUAUUGAUAUUAAUUCAAUCGUUUUCGCUAUAUUACGAUUACAUUUUAAAUGCGACUAAUAAAAAGCGUUUUUUUUUUUAAUAAAUGGUUUUUCACGUUAUGACCGAAGACUGUUAUGACUUUUAAAAGCUCCAGUGGCAUACCUAGGCCUCUCUUACGGGAGGGGGGGCGAAAUAUAUUUUCACCUAUUCUUAAAAUAGAAAAUUUCUUAAAAAUUUAAAAAAUAUAGUAAUGCAUACAUAUUGUCACAUAUAAUUAUACGAACCACGGGAGGGGGCAAAUGCCUCCUUCGACCCUUCCCCCACAGGUACGCCACUGAAGAGAUCCUGCACAGGUGUAUUAUAAUUUACUAUUUUACAAUACCAUUUUAGGGCUCUGAAUUAGACAUAUACUAUGUAUUUACUCGCCGUUAUUUACUCACUUCGUUAUUUUCAUACAUUUUCUUCGGUUUAACGGUCCCAAAGCGCCCGUUUUAUUUCAGUAGUUUACGAGUAAUAAUUGUGACUUAUAUACCCGUAAAACGUUCGGUUUCUUCUACAAACGUUGUAGGUCGAUAGAUAGGUUAGGUAGUUUAGGUGAUUAUCGUCCCGGGGUUCGAUUCACGGCGGCGCUGCCGCCUUUUUAAGCUCCGUAAGAAUAACUCGGCCGCUCGGUCGAUCAGAUUUCUUGCGUUUUUUUUUUUUGUGAAUUUUUUUCAUAUUUUUUUGCCUGACUUAUAUUUAUUAUUUAAAACGUUUUACUGUUUAUAUCCCCACCAAAACCCUUACGAAAUAUCUAACGUGUAUCAUAAUAAUCUGUCUUUAUAUUUUUCAUAUAUUGAGAUAUGGGUACGUCUCAAAACUCUAUACGCAUACUGUACAUACAUAUACACACACAUAUAUAUAUAUAUUGACUGCAUUUAGUCACAGUGAAUUCAAUCAUUUUCCAUCUCAAUUUCUCCUGUGUUAUACCAGGUAUACCGGCUGUAUCCACUUCCGAGAACACUAACAUCUAGACAUUGUCCUAAUCUCUCUGUAUCGCCACUCAUGUCUCUCAAUUUCCCCUGUAUCCAGCAUUAUAGUGUAUCAUACAUAUUAUACUGCAUCCAGUACCCACCCGUCGACUGUAUUCACUACAGACUCCUGUAUUCUUGCCGACUCUGCGCUUCCAUAAGUCGUUGAAUCUGUACUGUGAAUAAAAAAAAAUCCGCAUGCAAAAUAUAAAUAUUUUCUUAGAAAAACAUACUUUUACAUUUCGAAGGGAGCCUGUGUAACACGUUAGGUAUUAAUCAUUUCAUAAACAUCUAUUUGAUAUUUUUCAACUAUUCCUACGUAAUGCAUUUUCUAAAACAUAAUAAAAACACAUAACAGAAAAUUCAACGUUUUCUCCCCCGCACAGAAUCCAUUAACAUUUCGAAUAAACACGGUAUUAAAACAUCACCUAUAUAGGGGCUAUAUAUUAGGCACUCAACUUUUAAGUUUGCGGAUAUCGCUUUAAAACUAUAUAUAUAGUCUUAAACAGUUAAACAUAAACGUUACAUCUCGAAAUAUUAUGUACAUUUUUAUAAUACAUAUAUUAUAUAACAAUACAGUCUAUUGUUGAAUUUUUCAAAUAAAUAGUAAAAUCGAUAUAGUCAUAAAUUUGUAUAACUUACUAUAACAUUUCAAGUAUUUUACCCUAACAACACGCGCGUGAAAUUGGUAUAUAUUUAUAAAUGUAUAAAUUACUUAUGAGGGAUUAAUAUUAUUGUCUUAUUGUAGUAAAGAUAUUAACAUUUCAUCAUCGAAACUACUUAUUAAGACUCAUUAUAUCUACAUUAAUCACUUAUAGAGCAUUUUCGGGACACGAUCGAUUUUCAUUUUAGUAUCGGAAUUUGUGUACUAUAAUAAUUUUUUGGGUAUAUUUUCGAAUAUUCGUAAUACCAUCGAUUAUGGAUAACCAAAUAAAUUUAGAUAGGUGUACUCAUUCUCAGUGCAUGUACCAUUUAUAGAAUUUUUCCCUUUUUCCGUGUUCUUUUUCAAGUAAUCGCCGUAAAAAUAUAUAUUAGGUAUGCUAUAAUAAACAUGUGCUAGAUACCACAUUAAAUUGUAUACAGGUAUUAUAGUGCGUAUACUAUCAUUAUGUACGAUACUUAAAAAUUGGAUAAAUUAUAGUUUGAUUUAAGUUUUGUAAUGUCAUUUCUAUAUCAUCGAGAUUAUAUACGCGCGAUAUACCACCGUGCUCUUUAUGACACUCCGGUCUUAUCUCAAGGCAAUAAAUUAUAUUAAACGAAAUCUUAAACAAUACAUUAAAUACUACGAAACCAUGUUACAAAGGAAAUAUUACGACGACGUGACGUCUUAUCGAAAGCCUAUAUUUAUUUAUAAUACAAUACGAUAUAUAUAUUAUACUAUAUUAAAGAGAUAGUUGAUAACAUACUACGUAAACCAAUUGUCUUUUUUAAUAUACCUAAAACCUGUACUCUAUAAACUGUAGUAUAUUAUUAAACUUGAGGGGAUCAGGAGUUUGGGACACACCUAUUUUGCAUAUUGCUUCAGACCGAUAAGUGGUGUAAAACUAGACAUGUGGGUAUGUGUAUAAAACGUCUCAUUCGUCUAUAAAUGGACGAUAGAUUAGUCGAAAAGUCGUAUCAUUAAGGAAGUCAUUAAAAGGUAAAAACUAAUUUCACAAAAUUGGAGAAAAUUUGGAAAAUCGGCUUAAGGCCCUUAAGAAAACGUGACGAUAAUAUGCGACAUCUGCACAAAGUUGUUCCCGCGCGUCUAUUUAGUGUUACCUAUAUAUAGAAAACAAGUUAUAAUAUUAUAAACAAAAAUAAUAACACGACUGGUAGACACGCUAAGUCAUAUUAUUGUGACGUAAAGUUAAAAUUAUAACUUUUAGCAACUCAAUGUCAUUUGGAUUUUUUUUUUUUUUUUUGUAAGAUCUGAUCUAACAAAGAAGUAUUACAGAGUUUUAUAGUUAUAAAUGCUUUGCGUACAAUGUAAGGUAUAAAGUAUUUCUUUUACGGAUAAUAAUGUAUUGCAAGUCAGUCAGACAUUGUAUACUGCAGACGGUUGUGAUAUAACGUCUUCUUAUUCGAUAUUAAGGGGUCCGUUGCCAGCGUGUUUUUUAGUUCUAAACUAUACUUUAUGACGGGAAAAACUCGCAUGUCUCGUAGAUUGGUCAGAUUUUGAUAAUUAUUUUGUUGUUGGACAGAGACAGACUACUUACAUACCGCAUUGGAUUCCGUUUUUCAAUAUUUUUAUCUCGUUUUUUGUAAAAUACUUCUUUACGAAAUGUCCAUUUCUAAAUUGGAGUUCAAUGUAGUCAAUACAAUAUUUAUAUAAAUAAAUAAAUGAAUGCUUUGCCUGGAGGAUUUUGAAAUGUGUAUUGUACGACCAGUUUCGAAUUAAAAUUCAUUGUCAGAAGAAAUCACAAAAUCAAAAAGUAAAAUGUGACUGAAUAUGAAAAAAUAAAUGAAGAAAUACAUAGUGAAAAAAUGAUAAAAAUUGGUCGUUUUACAUAGAAAUAAUUUAUUUUAAAUAAUUUUGUUUUUAUUUUAUUAUUUUAUAUUGUUAUUUAUCAAUUGAAAAAAAAAAUCGGUAGAGAACAGGGGCACCAUUUCACAUUACUUUUGUGGGAUGCAAAACCAAUAUACCUGCAAAGUCCCUUAUAUAGCACAUUAAGCGUGAAAUGAAUACAUCAUUUCCAUUAUAAAAAUCUAUUUUUCAACUAUAACAUAUUCAAAUAUAUAUUAAAUUAUAAUAAUAAUAAAUUAUAUAUUAUAUAUAGUAAAAAGACGUCCUAGGAUAAUGGGGAUGAGUGCAACCACUAUUAUUCGUAAUUAUUUAAUGUAUACGUAAGCAAAAAUAAACCAUUGCUUACGAAAAAACGAUUCUGCGCGAAGUUCAGUUGACAGUGAUGCUUUGGCAACAAUAUGCUAUAUUAUAGUAAAAUAAUUAAAUAGGCUUUAGGUAUAUAAUUAAUUAGGUUUUCUCCAUCAUUUCACAACUGUUCUUCUCUAAAUAUUAGGUAAUUUAGAUACGAUCAAAUGACUAUUUUCAUUUCAAAUAGGCCAGUGCGACUACUAUUGUUUCUUACAUAUUUGCUUUACGGUCAUAUUUUUGGAAUUUGCGCGUGUUUAUUAAACAAUAGUUAAGUUACAUUUAAUAACUUUAUAAUUGAGAUACCUUUUAGUUUAAACAAAAUAUGAAUAAUUCACAAAAAGCUGAUAUGCUUUUUAUUUACUGGGAAUGUGAAAAAAAUUCACGUCAGGCGGCACGUGUUUAUGUUGAACGUUACCCAAGUGUGUAUUUAUCGUUAAUUAUAAUUUUUCGUGUUGUUGAUGAAAAUAAUAAAACAAUUUUUUGUUUUUCUAAAUUCAGAUAGGCAACAUCCGUCACAUAGUUAUUUUCAUAAAUUAGCAAGAAAUUUAAAAAUACCGGUUCUUUUUCCAACACAACAAUUAUUGCCAACCAGCAACCUAGACGAGUUAAUGCAUUAGGGAAAGAUAUUAAGCUUCAAGUGUUGGCGUACGUAAGAGCAAAUCACAGAAUUAGUAUGCGUCAUGUCGGCUUUGAAAUAGGUAUUUCUCAUAAUAAAUCCCGGCACAUAAUGCAAUUGUUGUGAAGAAUUAUUUAAAUGAACAUUUUGAAAAUCGUUGGAUAGGAACUAAUGGUAUAAUAAAAUGGCCACCUCGAUCCCCAGAUCUUACACCACUUGAUUACUUUUUGUGGGGAUAUCUAAAACUGUCGUCUAUUUGCAAACCCACUUACUAAUCUUAUUGAUUUGAAACAAAAAAUAAUUGUGGCGUGUAAUCAACUUACUGAAGGGCAAAUUUAAUCUGCAACAAAUAAAGAAUUUCUACGGAGGACAGAACCAUUUUUAAAUUAUAAUGGAGAGCAGUUUGAACAAUUUAUAAAAUGAAUGUAAUUUUGAACUAAUAAAAAUAAAAUUAAUUAACAUUGUUUUUUUUUUUUUUUAAAUCGCCUAAGGAAACAAACUUAAAAAAAUUAGUUGCUAUAGGGGAAGAGGAUCCUUCCGAAAAGUAGGCACUAAAAAUAUCACUAGAAGAUAUCAUGAGGUGCUAAAAAUUUAAGCCAUAAAAUUGAUGAGUAAUUCAAAAAUGUCAAAAAAAUAAUAUCAAUCUUUGAAAUAUCCAUAACUCGGCUAUUUUUUAACAUAGGAAGUUGGUUUUACCAUUAAAGUUCAUAAAAAAAAAAAGAGUAAAAAUAUUUAACCAAAAUAAGGUGGGAUUGCCUUUUUUAAAAAAAAAAGUUGAUAUGCGAAUGCGCGAAAUGACGUGGCAUACAAAUUGUUUAAUUAGUCAAAUAAGUUAUAAAAAAGUUUUUUAAGCACCAAAAACAAACAUAAUUCAAAUAUAUUUAAAAUUUGUUAAGUUAUAGAGUGUUUCCAACAAACGAUUACACACUGUAUAAAGCCUAUUUAAUUAUUUUGCUAUAGUGUAGCAUAUUGUUGCCAAAGCGUCACUGUCAACUGAACUUCGCGCAGAAUCGUUUUUACGUAUACAUUAAAUAAUUACGUAUAACAGUGGUUGCACUCAUCCCCAUUAUCCUAGGACGUCUUUUUACUACAUAUUUAAAUAUGUUAUAGUUGAAAAAUAGAGUUUUAUAAUGGAAAUGAUGUAUUAAUUAUAUUAGGGAAUCGCCAAUAAUGUAACACCAAAUGAAAAAGUUGAUUAAAAUUAUAAUAAUUUCAGUAAUUAUUUUCAUUUUAAACUUUAUAAAACUCUAAUUUUGUAUUUUUGUUUAUAUUUUGGAUUUAUUAAAUUAAAGAAAUAUUAAAAUUAACGAUUUAAUUUAUAUGAAUACAAUUUUUGUAUAUGUUAAGUAAGUAAGUAAGUAUAAUAAUAAGUAAGUAUAUAUUAUAUACUUACAUAAUGGGCGGUCGUAUCAUCAAAAUAAAUAAUUUUGGGGAUCGUGGAUCAAAAAAUAUUGCGCACCACUGCUAUAGCCAUACAAAUAUUUGUAUACCUCAUGCACAGUAUUCAAAAUAAAUAAAAUAACAGGCAUACCAGAAAAAAAAAAUGUUUUAAAAGAAUCAUUUUCGUGAUUUCGUGAUACACGACAAUAAAGCGAAUAAUAUUUUACUUAAAUAACUAAUCUACUUAUUUCUACCGGUGAUAGUAAAAAAUAUUAACGAUAAUAUGAUAAAUUAAUUUUUUAAAUCCGAUCAAGUGAAACGUAUACCUAUUAGCUAUUUAUUAUCCAUAUACGCCUGCAUAUAUAUCCGUAGUCUACAUUGGUAAGAGAAAAUACAAAUCCCACUGUCGUCGAGGCACGUGAAACGUAUACAACAAUUUUUAUAAUAUCUUUAGACAUGGCUCAAAAUGUAUAACCAAUAUCCUAUUUGGUUAUCAACAUAAUAUACGAUAUGACUAAUCUUAAUUAUUAAAAAAAUAUUGAUACUACGUUAAUUCUACAUGUCUACGCAAUCACUUGAGCUUCAGAUACGCCUAUAAAUUAGCGUUUUGUAUAAUCAAAAAUCGUAUGCAUAUACCUAUUUAUUUAAUACAUUUACGAUACGAGUUAAAAUGGUUUUGAAAUAUAAUCGUUUGGAAAUUAAAACUUAUUCUUGUCGUGUUAACACUAUAAAAUGAUUUAAACAACAUAUCAAAUUGUUUUUAUUUUUAGUUAAGUUUCAAAAAUAAAAUGCCCAUGCUAGGUAAUUCAAGAAAUUAAAACCGUUAUUUCAAAACGAUUUAUGAAAUAAACAAAUUUAUUAUGACCGCGUUUUUGAAACCUCAUCACUUUAUCAGUUUUUAUUUGUGCGCUCAUAACCAAUCAUUAUUACUUUUAUUUUAAAGAGUCGCGUCUCGAUUUCUUUUUUUUUUUUUUAUUCCGUCAAAUACUUAAAUACUUUAAAAUUAAAUUAUUUAUUCAAGAUCACAGAAAAGUUCCACAUUAAAUUCGGUUUAUAAAAUUAAUUUUCACUAAACCGUUUUUAUAACUACGGAAAUUGGACUAAUAUAUAAAGGAAAAUAGUAGAUUUUUAGUUAACCAGUUUUAAUAUAUUUAAAAAAUAUUUAAUUUAUUAAACCUUUUUAAUGUCAUCGUAUAAACAUCCAUAUUAAUUUAUUAGUCGUGUGAUUCGUGGAACGAUAACAUACAUAGGUACAUUAAAUAAUUGAACAUUGGUAUAUUUACUUUAUUUUAUAAAAUUGUAGUAUCACGUACGAGUAUUAUUUUCUAUUCUGAUUAUUUUUUAGAUCUUGAGCACAGUGAGGAAUGUGUUGGUAUAACAAGUGCGGUUUUUUUUUCAAAAUAUUUUGUGUCUGUGAAUGACUUGUCCAUCAGAAAUGUUAUUUCAAUGAAACACGUUUUCUUGUAUAUAGUAUGUAUCCAAUCGAAUACAUAAAAAUAAGAUAAUUUGAUCGUUGUAUUUGUAUUAUUUCGGUAAUAAUUAAUUUUUUCCGUCUACGAAUAAAUUGUCAAUGGUAAUUUAAUGCCCGCUGUCGAAAAAUUAUACCAAAUUUCUUUUGAGUCCUAAUUAAGCUUUUAUACUGAAAAUAAUACACGCGUUAAUGAUGAGUGAUUAGCGGUAUAUUUAAAAUUUUACAGUUGUCAUAAAUACAUUCAAAUCAUAAAACCCAUGUUAAAAUACAUGGGUUUUAUUAUACUUUAAUAUACAACAAUAUAUUAAUGUGUUAUUGAGUGACUAAUAUACAGAGUGACCUAUUUAAGUACUAAAGAAAUUAUUAAAGAAUUACUAAAUUAAUAAAGAAAUAUUUAUUAUUUAAUAUUUAAACACUUAAAUGGACCAUCCUGUACAAAUAUACGUAUAGAACCUACGUGACUUUUAGAACAAGUUCAAGUGGAAUAAUUUCAAUCGAGUGUUUAUUUUGUUUAAUGUAUUUCGUAUUAUAGAGUUUAAUCUUAUUAUCAUAUUAAAAAAAUUACAAUCAAAUUGCAUAGAAAUGUUAAUAAUUAUUAAUUUUUUUAUGUUUAUUAUAUUUUUUACGAGUAAGGGACAUAUUGGAUUUUUGAGUAAAAAAAAUGAAGCUGUUAAAUAACCUACCAUUAUAGACGUACAUUAUUCCAUUUGUGUUUACACUCUAGUGUAGUCGGACAAAGAAAAAAACUAUAGUUGCUAUUUUAUCAGUAUAAAUAUAUAAAGACAGACUAUUAUCAAUUUGCACGUAUUUACACAGUAUAGGCAAUAAGAAGAAAUAAUUACUUUAUAAAAACACUAAUGCGUUAGGAAUUUGUUUGACUGAUUAAAUUAAUCCAAUUAUCUUAAAAACAGUAAAAUGUCAUAAUGGUCAAAUCAGCAAAUAUAAUAUUAUUAUAAUACCUACCUAUAAUGUUUAGCUGCUAGUGGGGAAGAAACAAAUAAAGGGUUUUCAAUGAGGUAUCCAAAUUAACCCCCUUUGUUUUCAAAUACUAAACAUAAUUUUCGAAAACAUUUUGUCUAUUCCGGAAGUGUUCGUAAUCCGGUAAUUUCCCCUACUGGUUGUACUACUAUAUUGUAAAAAGUUAAAAUUGAAUUUAAUAUUAUCAAGUAAUCCGGUUUUUCCUUAACCAUUUAUUAUCGAUUACAAUUAUUUUCCCAUUCGAUUUGUAUGGAUAAAAAACAAAAUGUUUGUUUUAUUUUUCAUUAUAAACGGUGUAAUAAAAUUGUGUAUUAGGUUGACUGAUGGUGAGAGUGUUUUUCCAUAGUCGAGUACUAGAGUCCUUUGAUCGAAAUAAUUACCAUAGUUUACCGUGCAUGUCCAAUACUAUACAAAUGUCCAUUCAUUUGAUUUCAAUUUUUAAAAAAAAUGUUUGUUAUUUUCUUUGUUUACUCGGUGUUUUGGUGUACCUAUCUGCUUAAUAAAAUCGUUCAAAAGUCCAACCUUUAUUUUCUUCAAAAUCAAACCGCUAGACGAAUACAUGUAAAAUACUCUUAUUCUUAUAUAAGUCAUUUACUUAUUUACCGUAUAUGAAAACAAAUAUUAACUAAUCUAAUUUAAUGCCGGUCUGUUAUGGUCUAUACUAAUGCGUAAGUAAACAAUAUUUCACGCAUUCAUUCAGAAAACGGUGUUAGUAACGAAUUUUAAUAAUAAUACCAAGACGCAUGACAGUCAUCAAAUUCGACAGACGAAUAGAGUCCCGAGGCCGUUUAAUUAAUAAUCAUCGUAAGGAGAUAAUAAUUACAAUUUCAUUAUCUUGUGACCUUUAAAUUUAAACCCAACAUCAUUACCUGUAGGGAUUUACCGUUCUUACCGUACGAUUAAUAAUAUUAACCUAUCCAAUCCACUAAUAUUAUCAAUAUUAUUAACUUUUAUUUAUAAAUGAAGAUAUGCCGUUUUCUUCUAGACAUCAUUAUGAAGUCGAUAGACUUUUUUCAAAAAAAAAAAAAAAAACUAAAAACUAUAUAUUUAUAACGAUAUCGGUUAGUUAUGAUAUUAAUAUUUAUAAAGUCGUUUUCGUAUGAUCAUUAAUUAUGCGUUAAGUACCUACUAAUAACACAACAUGCAAAGAAUCGGACAAAACUAUCAUUUUACUCGUUCCUUCAAUAUGAUACAGGCGAUCUUUAAUCUUUACACUAUCUCGGUGAUUUCAAAUUCGGUUAAAUAUUUUAAUGAAAUAAAUACCUAAUUAAAUUAAUGAUUUAUUUAUUUUUUUUUUAUUUAAAUCUUGUAAUUAUAAUAAUUGUAUAAGUAUAUCUAUUAUAAAUUACGAGUACCUCUAUACAUGAAUCACUAUUAUAAUACACGACGUAUGAGUAAAAAAUAAAGAGUAAUAUCUGACCUAAUUGUUUAUUAUAUUAUAUGUAUAUAUAUAUUAAUUUUAGGGGAAAAUGUCAGCGAUAUCAAGUUUUUGCGAUAUCUUGAUGGUGAAAGUUGUUGGAGACCCUGAUUGGAGACAACGAUUUGUUGUUCUCAGCAACAGUACACUAUGGAUUUAUGGGUAAAUGGUUUUUCUAUAACGCGAAUUAAUAGAUCUACUACAAUAGGAACAAUACCAUUUAUAAAUACAAUGUUUACAUAAUACCCUAACAGAGACGAUCAAGAUCCAAGGAGAACAAAGAUUCACCCGGUAAGAGACUUAGCGGUGAGCCGGAGAAUUUGCGACGGAUGCCAUUUGAUUUUGCAUAUCAAAAACAUAGCAAAGUUGGAUUGGUUCAAAAUUAAAUUUAAUUCGGAGAAACAAUUAGCCGCCUGGAAGAAGCGUAUGCGGCAAGUGAAAGAAGCUUGGAACGAAGAGACUUAUUUUCAAUAUCUCAAUCAAAAAUCUCAGCUCAGAUGUAAAAUAAAUUAAAUACGAAAUAUAAUAUUUUAAGCAUUCAUUUUAUUCGUGGAUUAUAUUUUUUCAGGUCCUUAUGAGCCAUUAACUAGAUUAAAUCGACAGGUAAGAUUCAAAUGCUAAAUUCAACUAACCUGCAAUAACAUUAAGUUAUAUUCAUGUUUAACAAUCGUUAAUGAACAUAUUAUUAUUAUGUUAAGGUUCCCAGUAAUAAAUUAUCGAAACCACGUAUGCCGUUUUCCAGAAGUCGCUCACUUCAAGAAAUCACAAGUUGGGAGAAGUUACCUAUGACGCUUACACAUUUAAACAAGGGUGAGAAACCAUACACAACGAAUAAAACUACUACGACUAGUUACAAUGAUUGUAAUUGUUAUAAUAUUACUGAGAAUAAUAUAUUGCAAUGUUUUAAUUCAAUAUAUAGAAAUAUUAUGCGGAAUAGACGAUAUUGACGCGAUUUUAGUCAGAGUACGUAUAUCUAUUCUGGAAAAUGAAAUGGCGUACAAUAAAGAAAUGGAAAAAAUGCUAGUUGCGUUUAAAAAACGUGCACUGUGGCCCGAUUACUUUCUGACGGACGACAAAUCGUUAAUCGAACAAACGUUGUCUAAGCGUGAGUGAUGAUCUUUAUCUCAACAGCAGAAUAUUACGCCACGUAACGUGUAUUUUAAUGUGGCGGGGUAUAAUUUUCAGUGAAGGAAAGUUCGGACACUCUGCUGCACGAUGUCGAAGACAUGUGGCCGGACGCACCGAUGGUGUUGGAAAGGUUAGACGAUCUCGCCGAUUUGCUGAUUAAACAUUUGAAAUCAGUGGCCAGAACCCGCAUGAUUACCUACUGCCACCUCCUGAGAGAUUUCAGACCUUUCUUGCGUAAUAAUUUGUAAGUAACAUAUCUCUUCUUCUUCGUCUCUUUCACAAACUAAAUUUGGAGUCACCGAGUUGGUCUCAUUUGUCCUAUAACUUCCGCUUAAUACCGGUACAGCACGCUUGAACUUAAUACGAUUGAGCAUAGAAUAUUUUAUGUGACGUCGCUACAUUCAUGUUGAAUUUUUGUAUUUUCACGUAUUAUUACACCAAUUAAUAUGAUAUCAAAUUUAAACGAGUCCUCAUCAUAAUAUAUUCUUAAUCGUGUCCGACCAUAUCGGAUACGAUACCAUUUCGGUAUUCCUAUUCCCCUCCUUUUCACAUUGAUUCGCAUAGCCAUUCGUAUACAGCCUCUGAUUCGUCACAUGUUCAAAAUAUCGUCUUGGUCUGUUCUCUCUCAUCGCAUCAGUUUUUUAAACAAUCCCUCGCAAACAUAUAAUAAUAUACAUUUCACGUUCAUAUAUGUUAUUUAGGGAGAGUGUGGACGACAUCUACACAGACGUGUACAGCGAACACUUUUAUAUGGAACGGGCGCUGUUGCCGAUUUUCAGGGUGUACAAGCUGAAGGGUAUAUCCAAGAAAUUGGCGGUCAUGUUGUCCGCCGCGAAGGACGAGAACAGUGCACGUUGGAACAACCUUUUCGACCUUUGCCACGAGGUAGGUUCGGACGGAUAUUAUCGCACAGUGCACUCCGUUUUUGUUACCACAAUGGUAUCAUUAUUAUUAAUAUCAUGCGUCACUUGAAACGCAAUUUUUUUGUUUGCACAAUCGAUUGUCGCACAAGUGUCUGCAGUAUACGGGAUUACAUUUAAUAUGUUCUCUGUCAGUUCUUAUUUUUGUUCUCGUGUGAACGCAACGGCCGACCAACCCGGUCGUGAGGCCCGCAAUACAUACACGUUUAUAAUAAACGUGAUAAUCACCCGGAUUUGCUCGGUUUCCCGUAAAGUAUAAUUGAAUGACGUUGUGUAGGUACGAUUUUUAUCUAUCGACUCGCCAAUAUCGUACAGGUGCGACGAAACCCGCCACUUGAGUCGGUAUUCUUCUUAUAUGUACGAGAAAUAUCAUCCAUAACGUAAAAUAAACGUACUUGUUUUUCUGCAUUUGUUUGUAUACACGCCGUUUGUUCAGCUCUUCAAACAAAAACAAUCUUCAGGAAACCUAUUUAAUAUGCCGUAUUGCGUCAUUUACUCGGUGUCAUUUUUCACGAACGGCUUUAUAUUUACACGUUAUUUUUACUCGGAGAAUGCGUUCGAUUGGCGAUUACUCGACAUACGUUAUUAGUUAUUAUAUAUAUUAUUAUGAUAAAAUAACGGUUGAAAGUAUUUCUCAGAAAAAUGUUUUACUUUUUAGAACACGAGUAUGAUCGAUAACCGACAGACCCGUACACCUCGUGUUUUUAUUCGUUCGCAUUUUUAACCCAAGGUCGUGGGGUCACGCAAUUGCAUCAACACCCUUGCUCAUGUCCUAAUUUAUAAAUAUUUUCCCAACGGUGCGUAUUUAAGCUACGGACGAUUUUUAUUUUAAAAUCUGUUCAAAGUACUAUAUUCACCACGUUUUAUAAGGUGGUUGGUUCAAAUUGAAAUAAUAUUUUAAUUCAUUAUACGCCAAAAUAUUGGAUUUGCAAUGGUAAAAAACAAACAACAAUACUCGACUAAAAUAAAAAAACCAUACAUCGAGCCAUCGACCAUGGUUUUAGUUGGGAAGUUCCAAUAGUAUUAUGUGAUAUAGGUUAAUUUAGAUGACACGCUGAAAGCAACGAUAAAUCAUUGCAGCCGUAUAAAACGAUUCGUAGUGGAGUUUGGUAAACUGUUAAUGUCGCGUUGUUUUCAUUUGUAGCCGAGGUAACUCAGAAAUCGACAAAAUUUAAACCAAUUUGUUGGGAAUCUAAAAAAUAUUUAUAAAGUACCGUCCGGCGAAUAAUCUGCAAUUUUUCGUAGGAUUUUUCAUGGAAAAAAAAAUACGUGCAACACAUUAAAAAGCCUCUUCGUUGAAUUCAAAAUAAUAAAAGAUAUAUAUUUAUAAAGUUGAAGAGUUGAUAAAAACACGUAAUUCGUGUAAUUUUAAACACGAUAUUCUAUACUGUGCUGUUUUGUUUUGCAAUCAAAUUGUUGUUAUGGAAACCGACGGCAUGUUGAACUUUUUGACUUUAGGAACCCAAUAAAGGUGUCCCGAAUAGCGAUACAUAUUAUACUCUUUCUGUUAGUAAGUAUUAAACUAUAGCGGUUUAUUAGUUUGCCAGUGUGACGGUGCUAACUAGGUAUCAACAAAAUACUAGUAUUUAUAAAAUAAAUGUCGUUUAUAUUAUAUUUAGUAUCAACAUAGAUAUAUUAAAGAUAUAUGGACCGGAAAUCGGUAGUAUAAUGGCCUACACUGUCUUAAAAGUUAAAACCCAAUGAUAAAGGAAAGGCGUUCAUUACGUAUCCGAUUCAUUUCUUUAAUAUCUAUAUGGGUUUCGAUGAAAAAAAUUAUAACGAUGUAAUAUCAUAUGUACAAAAUAUUAGGGGCCGCGUAAAAAUCAGGAAAAAUGUUGAUUAGGAAUAAACAAUUCCAGCAAUGUAAAUAACCGGGAACGAUUUUUCUGACGGAUAUACUCAGAGUCCUACUUAGGGGGAGAGCUAUAGGGGUGCAGCCCCGGGCCCCGGCAUAUUAGGGGCUCCUAUAUAUUAAUUUGGUUUUAAAAUUAUUUUUUAAAACCAAUAACAAAAUAAAUUUGUUAAAGUACAAAAUAUUUACUAAAAUACCACUUAUGACAAAUUUCUUAAUUAUUUAAUCAGUAGUUGAUAUAAUUUUUUAUCAAGAUAAAGUUGGGAAAUAGUGAAUUUUGAAAAAAAAAAUGAAUUAUCAACAUUUUGUUUUAUACUGAUGAUAACGAAAUACGGGUAAGAAAAAACAAAAUUCCCGGAUUUGAAUAUUUAUAAAAAAAAAAAAAUGGACUUAGUUCGUACGUGGGUGUCCACUGUGUAGGUGAGAAGUUGUAAAGAUAGAGGAGAAAUUUAAUGUAUAUCUUUACGCAGCGGUUAACCAUUGCAAACGAAAAAACGAUUCUGAGUGGCGUUCUUUUGUACAUGAUUUAAAGGGCUAUAAUAUUUAUGAUUUGAAAAUAAUAAAUUUCAUAAAUUUUUCCAUUUAUUAGGGAAAACCUAUAGAAAUAUCAAAAUAAGAUCUCUUUAAAGCACCACUUCAGUCAAAUUUUUUCUCAGAAAAAGUACUACACACGAAAAUUGAAGCAAGAUUUCUAGUGGAAAUAUUGUUCACAGAAAAAAAACACAUUGUUGUAAAAUUAAUACAUUUCUCGCUCUGCUCAGAAUCUAAAAAUUAUAAUAAUAAGUCAGUUUUUUUUUUUUAUAGAAGCGUUUUAUUGUAUCAUCAAAAAGUAUCUUUUUUCACGAUUUCAACAAUUUAUUUAUUAAUAAAUUGAAUAUAAAAAGUGAUAUAACAAAAGAACAACUGAAUUUAUAAUUUAAUUUAAGGACUCCAUGAAAAAAUUAGCCCCGGGGCCCCAAAAUGCUUAAGUAGAGCUCCAGAUAUAUUAUAAUUAAAGGAACGAUACAAAUCAAAAAAUUAAAAUAAUAAUAUUUGAUUGGCCAUCUGUGGGUACAUUUACAUAUAAUUACAAUAAAAUUAUGUCGAGUAUAAUGGCCCAACUCACCUCUUAUUGGUAAAAUUCGACUAAUAAUAAUAAAAUAAAUAAAUAAUUAAAAUAAUAUGAACAUAGAUAUAAAAGUAAACAUAAAAUAUAGAGAUAAGAAAAUAAUUUGAAGUACCAUGGUAAGUAAGGAACAAAACAAUUUAACUAGCUGAACCUAGGUUCACAUCAUAACUUGUACAAGUGCUCUUAAAUGUUAGGGAUAUGGUUGAGUCAUAAUUUAACACACUUUCUGUAUUGUAUGUAUGAUUUAAAAUUUAUGAUAUGAGACGGGGCUUUGUUCAAUAGUUUAAUAUUUAUCUGUGAAAAACAUAAACUUAAUUUGAGGGUUCGGAUAAUAGGGAUCUCUAAAUUAUUUUUCUGUCGUGUAUUGUAGUAUACUGGUUUUAAUUAAAUUAAAUUAAAUUUAUAAGUGAUAUAAAGUGCAUUCCACCUCAUGCGGUUGUACCAUAUUAGAAAAUAGAAAAAUAAAUCACGCAUAGUGUUUGUAUGGUCAGUAUUUUUCUUGCGUUGAUAUAAAGGUAGUGAAGUUUUCGUAAUUUAUUUGAGUACGUGUGUUAGUCCAAUUUUAAGCACUGGUCAAUAAUUACUCCUAGAUAUUUCGAAAAUUCUGUUUUAUUAAUAAUAUUGCAUGGAUUAAAUUUAUAUGAUAUAUUAUCUUUAUCUUUAAAUAAUAUAAAAUCGUUAUCGUAGUCGUAAAUUUUAAACUGUAUUAAUAAAUUGUAGAAAAUGCAAAAAGCUACGGAACUCGUGUAACUAAAUAAAUAACACGGGACGGAAUUAGUAUAUCCAUUUUAAAAACCCGGGACGGAACUCGGAUGCAGCCGAAUGAAUGAGACAGACUGCUUAUAGCGCUCUCACUCCCACAGUAAGGGGUUUUAUUAUUAUUAUUAUAUUUCACAAUGAUAACUCAAUCAACGUAUUUGUAUUUGAAUUUUGUUUAUCGUAACAAUUUCAAGCAGAUAUUUCAAUAAAAUAUGAUAUUAUUAUUAUCAUAUUUUUCAAGAAAUUGGAAAGAUUAAAAGCGAUAAAAGGAAAAUCGUACCAGGGCUAAAUUAACGAAACCUAUCCAUUUCAGACAUGAAUAAAUUCAAUUGAAUACCUACUAUUAUUAUAGCAAAUUUUCAUUAACCAAAGUUGUGAUUUAUAUAUGUAUAUUUUUUUUUUCUAAUAGCGUACUGUAUAUGAUUAUAAAGCACUAAUUAAGUAAAAAUGUUAUGAACUAUUGAUUAUUUUCGAUCAAGUUUACAACUUUAUUGAUAAGACCCCUUAUAACCAUAAAAGCGUUAAUUUGCAUGCGAUAUAUUCGCAUGGCCUAUCCAUUCUUAUAUCUCCUAUGGUUUUGACUUUCCUGAUUCUGAUAUCCCUCCGGGUAUCUGUUAUUAUUUUUUUUUUUUUUUCAGUAGUAGUGAUUCUCUUUUGAUAACCCUCCCCCCGUCCCUGCUACCCAUUUCAUCAGUUUUGCAUCCGCCUCGGCCGACGGCCACACAAUAAUACCGCGAUGACAAUAAUACUGCAAUUUGAUAUAACGUCUCUAAUAGGUUAACGGUAUAACCGAUACCUCUAUAGUUUUCUUAACGAUUACACCCGUUCGGUAUAUUAUUUCGCGGGACCAUUAUGCAUACCAUAUUGUUGUUAUUAUUGUUUUAAUACUUGGGCGUAUAGUACCAACGGUAAUACAAUACGUAGAUACCUACCGUAUUACUCCGCACGUUGAACACAGCGUACAAUACGGCGUAAAUGAAUACGUAAAAAUAAUAUUUCGUAAAUUGCAGACGCUGACCGAGACGUACGGCGAGCUGUCCCGGCUGUUCGGUGACUAUUACGCGCUGAGCGUGACGCAGCUGUUCGCCUUCAGCGACAAGCACGCGGCGUUCGAGCGCAACGGCAACAUGAGCCUGUUCGAGAAGUUCGAGCUGGCCCGGGAGGUCAGCGAGAUAUGCGACUCGGUGGUGCCGCUCAUCAAGGUGGUGAUAGUGGAGGGCGGCAACCGCAGCGACGGCACCGACGUGGCGGCCGCCGCCGUGCAGGCCGGUCAUCGUAGACACUGCAGUGGUGGCGCCGGGGCCGGUUGCUGGGACGACGAGUGGCUCAAACUGCGGGUAACUGGCGGCGGCGGUGGCGAUAAACUAGUGGCGUCUGCCGUCACACCGGUGCCGAUGCACUCGGAAACGUGCAAAAAUCCGUUCGGUGCCAUCAUGGACGGUGACGUGGACUGCGUGGCGGCGGGUUGCCAGCGGUCGGGCGGCAAGCGGAACAAGACCUCGGCCGCCGGCAAAUGCAUCGAGCUCAAAGUGUACUCGCGGUCGGUCAGCUAUUUUCACGAACGGGCCGUCGACGAGCGUGCGGCCGCCAUCACCGAUUUUGUCGCCAGACGUGCAACUCCGAUGCGCGCAUCCGUGGCGUGACGCGUUUGGUUUAUCCAUGAGAUUUCGCAUCACUUGAACACAGAAAUAUCGAACAGAGUCCACACACACACACACACACACACACACACACACACACACAAACACACACACACGCACGCACACGCAAAGGCACGAAAAACGCGAGAGUGUUACAUAAAUAUAAAAAUAAUAAUGCAGGUCAUCGCAUAUUAUUAAAUAAUUAAAAAGUUUUAAAGUACGUUACACAUGUAUUUGCUGUUUCUGUUUAACAAACACGAAAUACAGUAAAAAAUGCUUGCGGUGACUACACAGGAUACCAAAUUGUUUUUGAUUCUUGAAUAAAAGCACCUAUUAUGAUAUUGAUAGCGAACAAUAUUCCGGGUGGCAAGACGUUGCGUUUUAUUUUGAAAAAAAUAUUUUUUUUUGAACGUUUUAGCGAAUUCAAUGAAAAACGUUGAAAAAGUCUCGUUAUUUAUAAACGGUAAAUUGACUGUUAAAUUCGGAAAAAAUGAAAAAAACGCAAACGUCUCGACCUCCGGAAUAUUGUUCUUUUUUUUUGAUUUUACAUUAGAUGUUUUUAUUCUGAAACCGAAAUCAAGCGAGUUCUGUGCAGUGUGCGUAAGCGUGUUCAAAACUAUACCAUGCGUUCGUAAGACGGAAAUGAUAAAUGCACAUGUGACCGUCAUCUUAAUACAAAAAUGCGUAGGCAUGUAGGAAGAACGAAUGAUACUCGGUAUAAAUUUAUAAUAUUGCAUUAAAUUAUACGUAACGCAGUGUCGGGGCAACGACAUGAACGCUUUUUAAAUAAAAAUUACGGGGGCCGAGCCCCGUCUUAUAAACCGCAUCGGGGUCUUAAGCCCCACAGCCCCUCCUUCCACUGUGCGCGGCGCCCAGGGAUAACGACGUCCGGCGACUACCUAUCAUUGAGAUCCUGUUUUACGAGUGUCCCUAUCACCGUCGACGAGAAAAUAUUUUUCGAUCUAGCGAUAUAUGGUGUACGGCUAGGUGUACACAGCACGGUGGCUAUAGUGUACAAUAUGUUACGGUAAAUGUUGUAAAAUCGGUUAAUGUUGUUGUAUUUAUACUUUUUUUUCUUUCUUUUUUUUUUUGUAUACGAAAACCGAUUGUGUGCUGUUAGUGUAUUAACAUUAGGGUGUAUUUGUCUAUUAUUAAACCUGAAAAUACAAGAACAUUCAACACUGUCUAUAUUCGUACGUUGGGUUUUUUCUCGAUAUUUUAAUUUUCAAGCUAGUUACGAAUGUGUACAAUAUUACGAUUUUAAAAUCACCCUAUCUCGCCGAAAAAACCAACGUACAAACACAAACAAUAUACUCACCUUUAAGUUUGAUACUAAUCGGCCAGUUUACUCCAAUACUAAAAUUAAGGGUAAACAAUAGGUUGAUACAGACGUAUAGCAAUAUUAACCGAUUUACACAACCUUUACCGAAUCGUAUUUUAUAUUGUCCGACCGUCCCUUUUUUUCCGUACACGUGCAUUUGUGCAUUUUUAGCCAACAACUCGCUGUGUUCGGAGCGUUUACAUAAAACGCUUGCGAUACGUGUGAUAGUUAUGAAGUUGCCACGUGAUUUUAAUUUUCAUAAUAUCAUAAUAAUAUUUACUAUUUAGUGAGAGAAAAAAAAACGAAACAAAUUGCAUAUCACAUAUAAGUACCUAUAAUGUUUUAAUAUACAUAGUAUUAUUAGUAUUAUAUUGGUAAACGCUCUAAGUAUUAAAAUGUCACCGGUAAAUAAAAUAUAUUCACUGCAGUGUUCAAAGUAUGUGUUCUUUUUUAUAUUUUUGCCUAUUUAUAUUCCUGCCGAAUCCUUCGCGAAAACAGAAACGUACGUAGCACAGUGGUAUGAAUAGUAAAUUUACUCGGUGAAAAGUCCCGGUUUCGAAUAUUGAAUUUCAUGUUCCUAAAAGUACGCAUUGUUUAAAUAAUCUGUAGCCUUCUGCAGAUAUGUAUUUCUAUAUUUUUAUACUUAUUUCAGCAAAAUAAAUAUUAUAUAUAAUUUUUUUUUUUUCGCUUAUUUAUCAUUUAUAGUUUUAAAUAAUCACCAGACAAUAAUUAAAUCAUAAUAUGUUCCAUAG